CACCCAAACACACCCGCACUCUCCUUCCUUCCCUGCUUUCCUUCUACUCACACACGCACAUAUUUAUUUACUAAUUAAUUCGUUUGUAUUCCAAUUAAUAAUCAAUUCCUAAUAUAUACACACGCACCCAAACCCCUAUAUACAUACAUAUAUACACUUAUAUAUAUAUCUAUUCUCAAAAAAUUCCCCCAGACUUUGUAUUCCAGAUCAAAUCGACGGCGAAGAUGAUUGAUGAUUUAUAGCAACGGAAAAUGAUUAUUAUAUUAUCAUAUCAUCUGCUGAUUAAACUAUUUUUCCAAUCGCUAAAACCCUAACCAAACCCGAUAUGCUAAAGGAGCUGAUAUGAAUAGGCAGAAUCUCAACACCAUGACUGUCAGAGCUAAACCAGGCCAAUCUGCUUUUAAAACUAAUGGCCAAAGGGAGGAUGGAGGAGUGUCUAGAGUUGAGCCAUACGUAGGGUUAGAGUUUGAUACAGCAGAAGCAGCACAAGAAUUCUAUACUUUCUAUGCAACUCAAUCUGGAUUCAAAAUUAGAAUCGGACAGCUUUAUAGAUCCAGAGUUGACGGAUCGGUUAUUUCAAGAAGAUACGUGUGUUCAAAAGAGGGUUUUCAGACCAAUACAAGAACUGGUUGUCCUGCUUUCAUUAGAGUACAAAAGGGUGAUUCUGGAAAAUGGGUUCUAGCAAACUUAAAAACAGAGCACAAUCACGAUCUCGACAUUUCAGGUGAACCCCGUCACCACCAUAUUAUACAAAGAAAAGCUCAUCCUGCUCCAAAACCUAUAUCCGUUGUGUCUUCAAGAACUGGAAUCAGAUCACUUGACGAUGAUGAUCCGUCAGGCGCCAUUGAUCUAAAACGACUCAAGCGAGAAGAAUUCGAUCCAGAACCUGGAGGUGAGCCAUGCAAAGGUCUUGAUUUCGCAUCUGCUAAUGAUGCUUACAAGUACUACCACACGUAUGCAGCUAGCAUGGGUUUUAAAGUGCGAAUAGGUCAAUUGUUCCGCUCCAAAAACGACGGGUCGAUUACCUCUAGAAGAUUUGUGUGCUCUAAAGAAGGUCACCAGCACCCUUCAAGAGUAGGCUGUGGAGCUUUCAUGAGAAUACAAAGGCAAGAUUCUGGUAGAUGGGUUGUUGACCGUCUUUCAAAAGAACACAAUCAUGAACUCGACUCUCCAGAAGACACAAGUCGGAAAAUGCCAAAGAGUUUUAAGGAAGAACUAAGUAGCGGGCUGGAAAAUUUAGAUUUGGUAGAAGCAAAUGGAGGCCUUAGUUUAGUCACAAGAGAUAGAGGAAAUGGUAUUGGAAGUCGGUGGUAUAAUGUCCUCCUUGACUACUUUCAAACCCGUCAGGGUGAAGAUACUGGCUUUUUCUAUGCGUUAGAAGUGGACAAUGGUCGAUGCAUGAGUGUAUUCUGGGCUGAUGGACGGUCCAGAUUCUCAUGCACUCAAUUUGGUGACGCCGUUGUAUUUGAUACAUCAUAUAGGAGAUCGAGUUAUACGGUUCCAUUUGCCUCGUUUGUUGGCAUAAACCACCAUAGACAACCGGUGCUUUUAGGAUGUGCUUUAAUCGCUGAUGAAUCUGAAGAAACUUUUACAUGGGUCUUCCAAGCGUGGGUUCGAGCUAUGUCUGGAAAACGACCGGUGUCCAUAAUUGCCGAUCAAGACAAACCAAUCCAAAAUUCAAUUUUGCAAGUGUUCCCUGGCACCCAUCAUCGGUUUUCCCAAUGGCAGAUCCUUGCUAAAGAACAUGAAAUCUUAGGGUCGUUAUUAUCCAUGGAAGAGUUCAAAUUCGAAUAUGAAACUUGCAUUUCUCAAAGCCAAACCGCUGGUGAAUUCGAUUCUGCGUGGAAUGUGCUCGUGACAAAGUAUAACUUGAAGGAAAACACUUGGUUAAAAGAAAUGUACAGAAUGAGAAAAAGUUGGGUCCCAUUGUAUAUAAGGGGGACAUUUUUUGCUGGCAUCCCAGUUGACGGGACCAUGAAGUCCUAUUUUUCCACAUGUUUGACUCCCCAAGUCCCACUUAAUGAGUUCCUUGUACGUUACGAGAAAGCAGUAGAACUUAAUCGCGAAGAAGAAAGAAAGGAGGAUUUCAAUUCGUACAACUCAGAAACCGUUCUACAUACAAAGGAUCCUUUAGAGGAACAAUGCAGACGGCUGUACACGGUAACCGUCUUCAAAGUAUUUCAAAAAGAACUCUUAGAAAGCUAUAGCUAUGUUGGGAUAAAAAUAAACAUCGAGGGCGCCAUCAGCAGAUAUUUGGUGCAAAGAUGUGGUAAUGGAGACGAGAGAAAUACUGUUGCUUUUAAUGCUUCAAAUCUUAAUACCAGUUGCAGCUGCAGGAUGUUUGAAUUUGAAGGUAUUCUCUGUAGGCAUGCAUUAAAGGUUUUUCAAAUUAUGAACAUAAGAGAAAUCCCAUCUCGUUACAUAUUGCAUCGAUGGACUAAAAGUGCAAAAUAUGGAAUUCUUCGUGAUGCUGAAUCUGCUGGUGGGUCCCAUGAUUUUAAGGCGCUGAUGGUAUGGAGUUUAAGAGAAGAAGCCCACAGCUAUAUUGAUGCAGGUGCAGCUUCUAUAGAAAGAUACAAAUUGGCGUUUGAGAUAUUGCAAGAGGGUAGACGUAAUCUAUGUUGGCAAAAUUGAUGAGCAUAUCGAACAAAGAAUUUGGGCAUCCAGCUGUGUUAGGAUGUGCAGACUUCACCUAAUUAGAAUGCAGUUAGGUUGUAUAUCAUCCUUGGGUCUUUCAUGUGAAUCAGGUUUUGACCAUUGUAUUUUCAUUGCAAAUCCGUUACUAUACCCUGAGUAUGCGAACAAUAGCGGAAGUAUGUGCUCUUUUUUGUGUUUUUUUAACAGCUAGUAAAAUCUCUUCGGGGUGUCGGUAAAUAUUCAAUUUUGUUUUUGCGUAUUUUCUAUCAUGAAGGUGGUAAAAACUCAAAAAAGUUGUAUACCAUGAGAGUGCUUUUGUAUUAUUUAGAUGUUGAAUAGCCGUGUGCAGUGAAAAAGAUAUCAUAUUCCUAAAUCAACCCAUUAAUGUAAAUGGUAUAGAGAUGUAUUGGUAUUA